GAAGCGGCGAAAAGAGUGGCUCAAGAACUCCUGGGUUUGCCCCCCGGUGACGAAACGCGGCGGCAUUUAACACCUCGCUCCCGUAACCCUUUCCUUCCCGCCCGCUCCAGGAGGCGGACGAGAGGGAGGAGAGCGAGCGGGGCGGGCGCGGCGCCAUCCCAGCAGCGCCCGUGCGGCGCGGCGCGGGCGGCGCUGCGGGCGUUGCCCGGCAGGGGGCGCUGUAGCCGCCUGCGCCGCUCCGGCGCUGCGCUGCCGGGAGCCCCCGCGUGUCCGCCAUAUUGGCGCCCGCGCCGCAGCCGCCGCGCGUUGUUCCUCCAUCUCCUGCCGGCUCGGCCGCCCGUAGCCGAGCGCGGGAGGGAGGGAAGGAGAGAGGGAAGGGAACGCCGGCGCCGCGGGGCGGGAAGCGGGGCGAGGAGGAGACGGAAACGAGCGGGGCCCGCGUCCCCCCGCGCCCGCCCCCUGCGCCACCCGCCAUGGAGAGGAGGCCGGGCGGCCCCUGAGCGAGGAGCGCACGCACGCACGGACCGAGACUUGCCCCCGCCCGGCCCGGCCCGGCCCGGCCCGGCCGCCAUCAGCGGAGAGAAGCCGCCCGGCUCCCGCCUCCGCCGCGACAUGGAGGCUGUGAAAGCCUUUAACAGCGAGUUGUACUCGCUAAAUGAUUAUAAGCCACCCAUUUCUAAAGCUAAAAUGACACAGAUCACCAAGGCAGCGAUCAAGGCUAUAAAGUUCUACAAACAUGUUGUACAGAGUGUUGAGAAGUUCAUUCAAAAGUGCAAACCAGAGUACAAGGUGCCUGGUCUGUAUGUCAUUGACUCCAUUGUGAGACAGUCCCGGCAUCAAUUUGGACAAGAAAAGGAUGUAUUUGCGCCAAGAUUCAGCAAUAACAUCAUCAGCACUUUCCAGAACUUGUACCGUUGUCCUGGUGAUGACAAGAGUAAAAUUGUUAGAGUGCUAAAUUUAUGGCAGAAGAAUAAUGUGUUCAAGAGUGAAAUUAUUCAGCCUCUCUUGGAUAUGGCAGCAGGGAUUCCUCCUCCCGUUGUGACCCCUGUCUUGCCCAGCACUACAGCUGCUAUGAGCAACAAUACGCCAGGUACACCUGUGACUCCAGUUACCCCAGCCAACGUGGCGCAGAGCUUGCCUGAUCCUUGGGUAUCUCAGAUUGCUAACACAGACACCCUUGCUGCUGUUGCACAGAUUUUACAGAGUCCUCAAGGCCAACAGCUUCAGCAGUUGAUACAGACACUGCAGAUACAGCAGCAGAAACCUCAGCCUUCACUACUUCAAGCUCUGGAUGCUGGUCUCGUCGUCCAGUUACAGGCCCUCACAGCACAACUCACAGCUGCAGCUGCUGCUGCUAACACACUUAAUCCACUGGAACAGAGUGUCUCUUUUAAUAAGAAGCUGAUGGACAGGUUUGACUUUGGGGAAGAAUCUGAACAAAAUGAAGAGCCUAAAAAGGAAACUCCCUCUUCCCAAUUGCCAUUAGUACCAGAAUCUGUGAACAACUCACUUUUUCACCAACUAGCUGAACAGCUACAGCAGCAAAAUUUAGAACAUCUCAGACAACAGCUUCUGGAGCAGCAGCAGCCUCAAAAGGCAAGCCCUGAGGAGAAUCAAGAAGGAAAUUUUGGUUCAGAGCACUCUGCAUCACCAUCACAAGGGAGUAGUCAACAGCAGUUUUUAGAAGUGGAAGCAAAUGUAGAUGAUUCCAUGGAUAUUCAACAACAGGACAUGGAUAUAGAUGAAGGUCAGGAUAUUGCUGAAGAAGAGAUUUUUGAACAAGAAGAAAAGAAAUCAGCUGUUCGUUCAAGAUCAAGAACUCGUUCAAGAUCUCGUUCAAGGUCACCAAGAAAGCGAAGGUCUAGAUCACGGUCUGGUUCUCGUAAGCGGAAACACAGAAAACGUUCACGCUCGAGAUCAAGAGAAAGGAAGAGAAAGUCAUCUCGGUCCUACUCCAGUGAAAGAAGGGCUAGGGAAAGGGAAAAAGAACGCCAGAAAAAAGGAUUGCCUCCUAUACGGUCAAAAACACUAAGCGUUUGCAGUACUACUCUUUGGGUAGGUCAAGUAGACAAGAAGGCUACACAGCAAGAUUUAACGAACUUGUUUGAAGAAUUUGGACAAAUAGAGUCAAUUAAUAUGAUUCCCCCAAGAGGAUGUGCUUAUGUCUGUAUGGUACAUAGACAAGAUGCAUAUCGUGCUCUUCAGAAACUUAGUUCUGGGUCAUAUAAAAUUGGAUCUAAAAUUAUUAAGAUUGCUUGGGCUUUGAAUAAAGGCGUGAAAACAGAAUACAAGCAAUUCUGGGAUGUGGAUCUGGGAGUUUCCUAUAUUCCAUGGGAGAAAGUGAAAUUGGAUGAUUUGGAGGGCUUUGCUGAAGGUGGCAUGAUUGACCAGGAAACAGUAAAUACAGAGUGGGAAACAGCCAGAAGCUCAGAAGCUGCUAAAGAAAAUACUCAAACGACGCAGAGUGCUACAGUUGAUAAGAGUACCGUUAUUACAACACAGACAGAAGCUUACACACAACCAGUCACUAUGCUGCAGAUUCCAGUAGCUCCAGCUGUGCCUGCUGUUAGCUUGGUUCCACCUGCAUUUCCUGUCACAAUGUCUGUCCCUCCUCCUGGUUAUAGCCCAAUUCCUCCUCCACCCUUCUUGAGAGCAAGCUUCAACCCUUCACAGCCACCUCCAGGUUAUAUGCCUCCUCCAGUUCCACCUGUUGUCCCGCCACCUGUUGUCCCACCACCUGUUGUCCCACCAGUUGUUCCAACACCUUUAGUACAGCCUCCAUUACCAAUUGCACAAGAGACGAUGAAGGAUGUUCCUUUUGCUGGCCUUGUUCUACCAGUUGGCACAGUUACUAGCAAUCUAGCUACUCCAACAUUAUCUGCUGGAAGUGUUUUUAAUCCUCUGCCAAUCAACAAACCAGAAUCAGAUGACAAAGGACCACAUCUUACAGACCUUCAGAUUUCUUCCAGUGAAAACAAUAGAUCUGUGCAAAGUGAUGUCUCAAGUACCUCUGGACUUGUUGGAGGAGUGCAGCCACCCAGUGUCUCAAGCAAUUCUGGUCUUACUGGAGAAGGGCCACCAUCCACUGUCUCAAGUAGCUCUGGGCUUGCAGGGGGAGUACAGCCACCCAGUGUUUCAAGCAGCUCUGGACUUGUAGGAGGAGUGCAACCGCCAACUGUUUCCAGCAAUUCUGGUCUUGCAGGAGGAAUGCAGCUACCUGCUGUCUCCAGUAGCUCUUCUCUUGCUGGCGGGAUUCAGCCAACUAAUGCCUCAAGUAGCUCUGGACUUACGGCUGGAGUGCCACCACCAAAUGUCUCAAGUAGCUCAGGGCUUCUAGCUGGAGUUCAUCCACCUGGUGUCUCAAGCAGCCCUGGCCUUCUGACAGGAAUGCAGCCACCCAGUGUGUCCAGCACCUCAGGAGUUCUGGCAGGAGUACAGCCACCGAGUGUUUCAAGCAACUCCGGGCUUCUCAUAAUGCCACCACCCAAUGUUUCAACUAGUUCUGGACUUAUGGGAGUGCCACCACCAAAUAUUUCAAGUAAUUCUGGACUUCUGGCAAUGCAGCAUCCAGCUGCAGUUCCAAACAUGCCUCAUUUAAAUAUCAGUAAUCAAAGAAUGCCAGGAAUGCCUCUUAUAGAUAUCCGUCCAGGCCUAAUGCCCCAUUCGCCUGGACCAAGGUUUCCAUUAAUGCAGCCAGGAAUGCCACCACAGCGUACUAUUCCUCCUCCCGCAAUCCUUGAUCCAUCUCUUCACCCACCACCUCCUCGAGGUCCUUUUCCUCCAGGAGAUAUUUUUAAUCAAACAGAAAGACCUUUUGGAACACCAGGAAGACAAAAUAUCGAUAGCAUUUCUAAUCCAGAGAAAAGGCUACCACUUGGAGGUGAUAACAUUCAACAGGAGGGGGACAGAGAUUAUCGCUUUCCUCCGGUGGAAAACCGAGAUAAUCUUAACAGACCAUCUCCAGUGGAUGUCAGAGAUUCUGUUGGACGACCACCAGUUGAUCCAAGAGAGGGUAUAGGAAGGCCUCCAGUUGAUGGAAGAGAACACUUUGCUAGACCACAUAUAGACAUGAGGGAAAAUUUUGGAAGACCAAGUAUAGAUAACCUUGGCCGAAGAGAGCAUUUUGGUUUCAAUUCAGACAAGCACUGGGGACAGAGAGGAGAUUAUGAUGAAAGAGAGCACCAUGCCUUCCCUAUUUAUGGUGGCCCUAAAGGCUUCCAUGAAGACCGAGAGAGGUUUCGGCAUGUAAACUAUAGGUUUGAUAGUAGAAGUGGUCCCAGUUGGAAUAGAGGAUUUGAACAAGAUGCUCACAGAGAUUUUGAUGACCGCAGAAGACCCUGGGAAAGACAGAGGGAUAGGGAUGACAGAGAUUUUAAUUUUUGCAGAGAAAUUAAUGGAAAUAGGUUUGGAAGAGACAGAAUGUCAAACAACUGGAUCCCGCCUCCACAUCCACGGGUUUUUGAAUAUUUUGAUGGGGCCACUUCUCAACGCAAAGCUGAUAAUAUGCCCCAGGUAAAUGGUGAAAAUACAGAGACAGAAAGUCAGCCACCAACUGCACAGGUGCAGGAUGAUCCAGAACUUUAUGAAAAACUGACAUCUUCUGUCGAGAUAAACAAAGAGAAGAGUGACACAGAAGCUGAUAUAGAGAGUGAACCAGUGGUAGAAAGCACAGAAACUGAGGGGACAUAAUCAUCACUCAGUAGGUAAAAGAUACCUUUUGUAAAGUUGUCAUCUCUCUGUAAUAGAUAAAUGGCUGACUGGACCGUAGCAGUUCACUUUUGUCUGCCAGAAUUAAGUUAAUCUGAUGUUCAUGUUCAUCUUUCACUUAAAUAACUGUACAACUGACUUGUAUAGAACACUGUUCUUAAUUUGAACAUGGUAGGUAAACGUUUUUUGCUUUUGGGUUUUUUUUUAAAUUUUAUUUUAUUUCUUUGGUAAAGCAUAAACUUGCCCCCAAUUGCUUUUAAUUUCACAAUGAUAAAUUAACAGCUUGUCAAACAAAGACUUCCUAUGGAAGAAAAUGGAAUUUUUAGAUACUACCCUUUUAGUUUGGCUAUCAAAAUUGUUAUACUUGAAAACAGGUGCUGGUGUAUCUUGUCCGUGUUUUUAGGCUGCUGCAGAAUUUUAAAGUAUAGAUAAAACUGUGAUAUUUUAUGUUCCUACAAUUCGGCAGAAAAAAAAAAUGGCCCAUGUUACUUAAGGAGCAUAACACAGAGAUUAAAAGUGAUUUUGUAAAAUCUACACUAUAGUCUCUGUUUUCUCUAAAGAAAGUGUUUGUGAUUUGUUCCUCGUACUGCAGUGGGUUUAAAAAAUGAAAAAGUACAUUUUAAUGUUGGGUGCAUUUUGUUUUUAGAUGCCAAUAAAGCAUAUUUGUUUGAUAACAGUGUUUUAGGUAUUGUAUUUUUUUAAAAGCCUGCAAGCUCUAAAAACUUGGAAUAAGCUAUGAUAUAUGCUUAGCCAGUCGUUGCAAAAGGUUUAUAUUACUUUUGUAAAACCAAUGCAACAGUUAUAUGUGCAAGAAGCAUAUGGUUUUUACAUCAAAGAUCAUGCAGUCACAUUAGUUUAUGUAAAUAACAUGUAUGUAAAUACCUGUGUAAACUGUUUGUAGAUACCACUUUUUCUGUGCGUGCCUGUGUAUGUGCAAGCACUCACAGAAUACUGUAGGCACGUCAAUAAAAUUGAAAUGAAACUAGGUUGUGAAAAUUUGCCUUUCACCUUCUUUAGGUAGUAAGAAAAAAAAUAUUUCACUGCAGUGCUGUAACGCUUCUAUUUAUCUGCUCAUGUUCAUUGUUACAAUGUUCUUACUACUUCUAGAAGGUGGAAAUAUAUACUGUAAGAAUAUGCAGUAGUAUUCCAGCUUACUUUUUAAAAUGCAGAUAUGCAUGAAGCCAAAACAUGAAUUAGUAUUUGCAUUUUUUAUUUUGUAAUAUAUUUGGUGUUCUGGAUAGAUAGUGUUAGUGUUUGAGUACUUUGUGUUUAAUUGAUUUUAAUGACUCAAAGCUCAGAAAUGUUGCAUGAAAAGUAAGCUGAUGUUGGUCUAAAAACCCUACAUGUUUUACCGAAAUAAGAGUUAGGGGGUUGUGUUUUGGUGGAAUAACAUUGAAGUUGAACCUCUUUUUAAAUUGUUGAGAUGAAUUGGCUGCUUAGGUAAAUUAGUAGUGCUAUUCUCUCCUGUUUCACCUGCUUUGCUGCUUGUGUAUCCUUUCAAUUGGAAAGGUUAAGCCGUAGGAUGAUGUCAGAUUUUCAGUUUGUUCCAUUUCACCAACUUCUUUCAAAAUAAGUUUUGUUAAAAUUCUGUGUCUGAAAGCACCCUUUCACUCAGUUUUAAGAAAGUUGUUUUCCUCUUGCAUAAUAAGAUAAUAAGGGUAGAUUCUCUUACAUGAAUGCCCCUUUGGUAAAAGAAGCAUUUUUAGCUCAGAUUAGACUUUUGAUCUGUAACAUUAAAGCAUUAACAUGCAAGUUUUAUUUCCCCUUCUGCUUCCCUCAAAAGGUUGAAAGUAUGAAAACAUCACAUGAGUGUAAAGCAUUAGCAUGCCUUUGAACCUGGAAGCAAGUUACUCAUGUGUGUGUAGUCCUCUUCCUCUGGAUGGUGGGGUAUUUUUUCAUGCUGUGUCAUGGUUCAGUUUUUCAGUUCCAGGGACUUCUAUUCUGGGUAGUAAACAGACAGCUUAGUGAAGGUAGCCCUUGGAAAGAGUGGACUCGAAUGAAUUAUUAUCUAUUGUGCAAGUAGUAGUCAUUAGAUAUGCAUUAAAUAACCACUGCUUUGUAAUGGACCUUGCUGAUGUGUUUAUUACCAGAACAUGUCUUGGGAGUUAAGAUGAACAAUGUUGAAGGUAAAUGUAUUGUCACGGGCAGUCUCUGGCUCAAAGCUCAACCAGUGCUGCUGCACCAGCUACUCGUAGAUUUCUGGCCAGGCAGAUUCGAUUGUGUGAAAGCCCAAAAGCACAAAAUAGCUCUAAGGAUAUUUUAUGAACUUCAGGGGUUUUAUUUCAUUUUAAUAUGUUAAGUUUGAAAAGCCUUCAGCCAUAGGCCACAGAAAUAAAUACUCAAAAUCAAACACAUAUUGGCAGUAGCUUUGCUUUUUAAACAUUUUGUUAAAAACCUCCUGAAAACUAGAAGUUCAUCUGUUGUUCUUCUAAACUGGGACUGGCAGUGUGCCAAGUUGUUCAUAGUAUGAGGAUUUAGGUAAAUUACCAGGUGAGAGUUGUUAAACAAUUUGGUUGGUAGUGGUAUAGAACAAUGCAUUUAAUGAAUCUAUUAUCUUUGUUAAUAUCUUUCAAACAUUAAUAAAUUGGCUACUGUACAUAUGUGUUACACCAUCAAUUUCUAAACGCUGUUUUUUUGUAGAAUAAAAGCUUGUUGUACAGUCUUCAGUUGCAUUAUGUUUACAGCUAGAACCGGUCAAUUUCUUAUUUAAAUAAUGUAGUGUGCAGAUAUGUAUUACCAAAAUAUAGCCAUGUUUAGAAACUUGAAGGGACUUUAUAUAAGUGAAACACUCUGGUUUCUUUAUCUUGCCAGUAGGAAGUUUUAAAUGUUUCAGAGCUGGAGUGAAGGCUUUCCUUUUUUAUUGUAGAUUAAGCCAUCAUAAGCCAAUGUGUGCACUGAAAGGAACUGUCCUGACACCCAGACCAAUUCUUUGAUGUGAUUCAUGGGAGUAACUUUUAAAUUUUGCUUUUGCAAAGAAGAGAGUGAGAUUGGGAUGGAAAGAAGAUGGGGCCCAGGCAUUGGGGUAGCAGUUCUGGCUUAUGCUGAUUUAAAGCUUGCUGUAGUGAUGAAAGGUUGUGGGUUCUAGCAGCUGAAGAAGCUGAUGUAUGAUCCACAUAAGUAACAGAUACAUUGAAAAAUACUUCAGGUACCUUUGCAGGCAACACAUUGUAGUUAGGCAUUCGCAUUUACUUGAAAACCAUAUGCAUCAGUAAGUUGUUUUAUAUAUUUGCCUUUUUAAACAGGCUGUGGUUCUUUCACUGUAGAGCGAUUGAGUAGAGCACUGUAUCUAUAAAGGUGAAAUGUAGCCUUCGUUUGCUAUAAGGACAUGAUUUCUUUGCUGAAGCCUUUUCCUGUGAAGUACUGGUAUGCUUUCUUUUUAUGUGUGGUACUUCCUUUUGUUGAAGACUCCACGCAAUACAUUCUGUUAGAUUCCUUUGCUUCAGUAGAGCUCUAUAACAUACCUAGAGCCACUUAAGUGAUUUAAAUGACUUUGUGAAGUUAAGGAACUUUUAGCCUGAGUACUGUAAUCAAGCCUGUAGUGAGGCAUGCACAGGCAUUCCUUAAGCACAGUUGGAAAAUUAUAAAAUAAACUUACACCUAGAAGGUGUUUAUAAGAUAAGCCAAUUUAUUACAGAAGUCUCUGAAUAUACAGUUGGAGCAGUUUUGACCAUGUGCAAGGAUAUUUGCUGCUAGUCAAACUGAAAGUACUCUUGGUUUUUUCCCCUUACUCACAUCUUUGAGUAAUUUGAUUGGAAACUGUUAGAAAUGGAUCCUAAAUUUCAUUCUCUGUCUUUUCAGUAAUGGUGACUUUUUGUUGCUUGAUAGUGGGAGAGCUGAACAGUCAGAAUCAUCAAAUGGUUUGGGUUGAAAGGGACAUUAAAGAUCAUCUAGUUCCAACUCCCAUGCCAUGGGCAGGGACACUAGACUAGGCUGUUCAAAACUGCCUUGAACACUUCCAAGGAUGGAGCAUCCAUAACUUCUCUGGGCAACCUGUUCUAGUGCCUCACCACUCUCACAGUGAAGAAUUUCUAUUUAAUAUAAGUCUGCUGUACAUCAGUUUAAAGCCAUUGCACCUUUUUCUUUGCUCUUGUAAAAAGUUACACUCCAGCUUUAUAAUUUUAAAACCUAUUCAGAAUAUCAGGAGUCAUCAAGAGUAACUGGACAAAUUUUUGUUAUUAAUUCAUAUUAUUAAAGAACCUUUCCCUUUUUUGUUGUUGUUGAUUCAG